AUGGCGAAAGCGGUAUACGUUAGCUAUAUUGCGGUCGUUGUCCACCUUCUUUUACUUUUGCGCAUUGUGACGGCCAAUCAACCAGUUCCCUUUCCCCGUGGCGCUUCUGGCCCGAAUCCACGAAUUCCAGCAAGUUCAGAUACCGGAGAAACAUCUGUCAAACUCAGCACAACUUAUGUUGAGGCGGUAGUGAAGACAGCGACACCACCAGAAGGCCCUUCCGACGCCUCGACCGACAUCACCCCCCCGUCCCAGCCAUGA